UGCAGGCGCUGCUGCGGGAGUAGGGAUCACCGGCGUCUGUACACUAGCUAGUGCACACCGCGUAGAAGAUGCCCGGCUGCGUGCCCUGGGGUGUAGCGCUGGCGCUGUGCUGUUUCCCUCUGCUCUGCGGCUCCUGUCCGGCUCAAUGCAGCUGCUUUUACCACAAGCUGAGCGACGGAUCCAAGUCCAGGAGCGUUCUGUGCAAUGACCCCGAUCUCACUGACAUCCCAGACAACUUUCCCCUGGACGCCUCCAAACUGCGCAUCGAGAAGACGUCGCUCAGCCGCAUCUCCAGCGCCCCCUUCCUGCAGCUCAGCAGCCUGGAGUAUCUCUGGAUCUCCUUCAACUCGCUCUCCUCCAUCAGCCCAGACACUUUCCGUGGACUUUACGCUCUGGAUGAGCUACGGAUGGAUGGGAACGUUCUCACUUCUUUUCCGUGGGAAUGUCUGCUGGACAUGCCCAGCCUGCGGCUUCUGGACCUACACAAUAAUAAAAUCAGCAGCAUCCCGGCAGAAGCGACGCUGUACAUCCGAAACCUAACCUACCUGGACCUGUCCAGCAACAGCCUGACUACGGUUCCACCGGAGGUGCUGAUGUCCUGGUUCUCCCCGAAGCCUCCACCGGACGCCGAGGGCUCCAGAAUGAUCCUGGGUGAGUGUUUCUGCACCGCUGACAUUCCUCUGUAGACUCUUCUCACUGACAGGCGAAUAACCCGACUCUCUGUUCUGUUCACAGGUCUGCACGAUAACCCCUGGCAGUGCGACUGCCGCCUGUUUGACCUGGUGCAGUUCCAGAAGUUUCCCUCGUCCUCAGUGGCGUUCAUUGAUACGGGCCUGCGCUGCGCUGAACCGGAGAGUCUGUCUGGUGUUCUGUUCUCAGACGCUGAGUUGCGCAGGUGCCAGAUCCCCCGCGUGCACACAGCCGUGGCCCGAGUUCGCAGCUCCAUCGGGAAUAAUGUGCUGCUGCGCUGCGGGACCAUCGGCGUACCCAUCCCAGAGCUGAGCUGGGCCCGAGCCGACGGCAAGCCCAUGAACGGCACCGUUCAGCAGGAGGUGUCCAAAGAGGGCAUCAUCUGGUCCAUCCUCAGCGUGCCCGCCGUCUCCUACCGUGAUUCAGGAAAAUACGUCUGCAGAGCCACUAACUUCGUGGGCAGCGCCGAUGCCAUCAUCUCACUUGUUAUUUCUGAUACGUGGCAGAUCGACGAAGCGGUGGCCAAGAGAAGCCACGGGAAGAAGAACGGAGGCUUCGGGCGCGCAGCGUAUCAGGAGAAGCUGAUUGCCAGAUACGUUCCUCCGUCCACCUCGGCCGCCGUACCCAUCAUCGAGCCACUGAACGCUCCGCAGGGCUCAUCCUCCAUCCAGAUCGAGAGCUACAGUGUUUCUGCAGACGCAUCGAAGCCGAAGACGAAGCUAAAGCCAAAGCCAACACCGCCCCCUGUGAGUCAAACGGAGCCGGUGGCGCUGCAGAGGGAUGUGCUUAAUAACCUGGAGCCGAACGCCUCCUCGCUGCAGCAGGGUCCCGAGCGCCGCGUGGUGCGCUCCGUUAAGAUCAUUGGCGACACUGACCACACUGUCUCGCUGAACUGGCGUGCGCCCACCGCCACCAACACCACCUCCUUCAGUGUGCUGUACGCCGUCUUCGGGGAGCGCGACAUGAGGCGCAUCAAUGUCGGCCCAGGCAAGAACCGCAUUACCAUCGAAGGCCUGGUGCCCAAAACCAAGUACAUCGCAUGUGUGUGUGUGAAGGGGCUGAUCCCCAAGAAAGAGCAGUGUGUGAUCUUCUCCACGGACGAGGCGGCGAGUGCCAGCGGCACACAGAAGCUGAUUAAUGUGGUGGUGAUCACGGUGGCGUGUGUGAUCGCCGUCCCGCUGACGCUCAUCGUGUGCUGCGGAGCGCUGAAGCGGCGGCUACAGAAGCUGCUGGGCCGAAAGUCCAAAGACAUCCAGGACUCGUACGUGACGUUCGAGACGCUGCCACCGGGUACCAAAGCCAAAGGGCUGGAGGGAGAAUUCCUGACCCGACUGAACCCAGACGAGUCCAACCGGCUGCUGUCCGCACGCUCCAGCGUCGACUCUGAGGCCACGGCGCGCACUGAAGGACAGCCCAAUGAGUACUUCUGCUGAUGGACAGACACACACACACACACCAGCGCUGAGCUUCCUCACACACAGCACCUGAGAGCAGUCUCAGUGUUAAAAAGGGAAAAUGGAGUAAUCUAUAUUCUGUAUUUUUAUCAGAGCGUGCACUUUUCCAAUGAUGUUGUUUUUCAUUGAUUCAUUUCUCCAACACACUGAACAUUAUUAAGCACAGCACCUAAUACCCAUCUGUCUGAUACAGGACGAGAUUAAGAUGUCUGUUUGGACCGUAAGGGAAGCUAGAGGUGUUUUAUUUUACUUGUUUUCUUGAUGCUGUUGUCUUGUCACCCAAUG